UUCAGAAUUAGAGACUAGUUUAAAGGGGUUUGCUCGAAGUUGGUCUCCGGCCCGGGCUGUAAUUUCCGGGCGGUGACAGCACCGGUGGCCUCAGGUAAGCCAUGUCAUUGGACUUUGGCAGUGUAGCACUGCAGACACAAAAUGAAGAUGAAGAAGAAUAUGACAAAGAAGACUAUGAAAGGGAGAAAGAGUUGCAGCAGCUGCUCACAGACCUUCCUCAUGAUAUGCUGGAUGAUGAUCUGUCUUCCCCCGAGCUCCACUAUUCCGACUGCAGUGAGGAUGACGCAGAGGGAGAAUCACAUCAUUCAGAAGAAUUGAAGGUGACCUGGAAUGAGCACCAAAUGCUGCCUAAAUCUCAAAGUGUCAAGGAACAGAGUGAGAUUCAGGAUUUAUAUGUUCGAGAUGAAAGUGGCAAUGUAUGGGAAGACAGACAAAGUAAAACCAUUGACCUACAUCCUGGAGAAUGUGGAGAUGAAGGCAGAAGUGGUUACAGUCCUCCCAGUAAAUAUGAUCAGACUGACUUAUAUCACCUUCCUGAAAACUUUAGGCCAUAUUCCAAUGGUCAGAAGCAGGAAUUUAAUGGGCAACAAAAGAAUGUAGUAAAAUUUUCAGACCCUCAGAGGAAUCAUUUUCAGCUCUUUGGGACAUCACAUGGUCCUGGUCAUCCAACUCUGGAACCAUAUAGAGUGACAUAUAAACCUUACCCAUCUUCUGUACAGAAUAAUGGCUCUCCAGCCCAGGAAAUAGCAGGAGGUGACAUGUUUGAAGACCUGCAACAACAAUUUUUAGGAACUAAUGAAAAUGCUGCAGAGAAUAUGCAAGUAAUUCAACUUCAGGUUCUUAACAAAGCAAAAGAUAGACAACUGGAUAAUUUAGUUGAAAAAUUGAGUGAAAGUGAACGUCAAAUAAGAUAUCUAAAUCACCAGCUACUGAUGAUCAAAGAUGAAAAGGAUGGUUUGACUCUCAGCCUUUGUGAAUCCCAGAAACUCCUUGAGAAUGGAAAGGAGAGAGAGAUACAGCUUGAAGGACAAAUAAAAGCUCUGGAGACUCAAAUACAAGCAUUAAAAGCCAAUGAAGAACAGAUAAUUAAGAAGUCCAGAACAACUGAAGUGGCGCUGGAAAGUAUGAAGCAGCAGCUGCUGGAGCUCCAUCAUUCUGAGUCACUUCAGCGGGCCAGAGAGCAGCACGAGAACAUCGUAAAGGGACUCACAAAGAAGUAUGAACAGCAGGUCUCGACCUUACAGAGCAAUCUGGACGCCACAGUCACUGCACUGAAGGAACAGGAAAACAUUUGCUGUCGCUUGAAAGACCAAGUGAAACAACUGGAAAGGAAUCAAGAUGCCACCAACUUAGAAAAGACAGAGAUUAUUAGCAGGUUGACCAGAAGUCUUGAGGAAAGCCAGAAGCAGUGUGCCAACUUGCUGCAGUCAGGCUCAGUACAGGAGGUAUCUCAGCUCCGUCUGCAGCUGCUUCAAGCACAGAAGUCACUUGCUAUGAGUGAAAACAUGAACAAAACUUUGCAAGAAGAAGUAGCACAACUAAAAGAUGAAAUUUCUCUCUAUGAAUCUGCUGAAAAACUGGGAAUACUUCCGAGCGACUCAGAAGGAGAGCUAAAUGUGGAGCUUACUCAAUCAUAUGUGGAUUUGGGUAUUAAAAAAAACAACUGGAAAAAGUCUAAAGUAAAGAGCUCUGUGAAGCAGGAGCAUCCCAGUGAAGAGCUUUCCAAAGAUGAGGUCAUUCUGCAGCUGAAGGCUGAAGUGCGGCAUUUGCUGGGGAGCAACUCGGUGAAGCGUCACUUGGUGUCUCAGUUACAGAAUGAUCUCAAAGACUGUCAGAAGAAAAUUGAAGAUCUGCAAGGAGCGGAGAAGGAAGGAAAAAGCAUGGAGAUUGAGGCAAAAGCAAAAGCCUGUGAAAGAAACACUAAUCCAUUAUGUACUGACUCUUCUACCUGUGAUUUGAUGGUGAAGGAUGAUAUUCUGCGACUAAAAAAUGAAAUUCAAGUUUUACAACAACAAAUUCAGGAACUUAAAGAAACUGAAGAAAAACUGAAAAGUAAAAAUCAAGACUUAUGUAACCAAAUGAGACAAAUGGUACAAGAUUUUGACCAUGAUAAGCAGGAAGCUGUGGAGAGGUGUGAGAGGACUUACCAGCAACACCAUGAGGCCAUGAAAUCUCAAAUCCGGGAAAGCCUGUUAGCAAAGCAUACGUUGGAGAAGCAGCAACUCUUUGAGGUUUAUGAAGGGACUUGUUUGCAGCUUAGGUCUGACUUAGAUAAGUUGAACAAGGAGUUGACUGCUGUGCAGGAGUGUUACCUAGAAGUGUGCAGAGAGAAGAAUAUUCUCGAAUCAAGUAUCAGGAAGACCAUGGAAAAGGAGCAUCAUGCUCAGGAGGAGAAGAUGAAACAAGAACUUAUUCAACAACUUGAAAAAGAAUGGCAGUUCAAGCUGGAUCAAACCCUAAAGGCAGUGAAAAAGAAGACCUCAGAUUGUUGUAGUCAGACGGACCAAGUAACCACCACUGAUGUGAUUUCCAAGGAAGAGAUGGCGGCCGUAUUGGAAGAGCAGAAGCAGAAGAUCCAUCAGGACUUGGAGCAAGAGAAGGAAAGGGCCAUCAAGGGGGGUUUGGAGAAAUUGGAGACAGAAAUGGAGCUUAAAUAUUGUACAAAUAUUGCCAAGCAGGUCGAAGUAGCUGUGCAAAAUGCUCGUCAUCGCUGGCUGGAAGAACUGCCGGAUCUUGCUGAGUAUAAAGCACGAAUCAGGGUGGAACAGAAGAAGUGGGAAGAACAGCAGGAGAGUUCUGUAGCAAAAAGGAUGUUGUUGGCUAUUUCUGAAGCUAAAGAGAAGUGGAAAAGUGAACUUGAAAAUAUGAAGAAAAAUGUACUAUCUGGAAAGGAACUGGAAGAGAAGAUUGAGUCUCUACAGAGGGAACUUGAGUUAAAGAACAAGGAGACCCCAGUGGUUAUCAGAGCGGAGCUGGCGAAGGCCCGGAGUGAGUGGAACAAAGAAAAGCAAGAAGAAAUCCAAAAACUCCAAGAACAGAAUGAGCAAGAUUUCCGACAGUUUUUAGAUGAUCAUCGAAAUAAAAUAAAUGAAGUGCUUGCGGCAGCUAAAGAAGACUUCAUGAAACAAAAAACGGAGUUGCUUCUUCAGAAGGAGACAGAGUUACAAGCUUGUCUAGACCAGAGCCGUAGAGAAUGGGCUAUGCAGGAGGCCAGGCGGAUCCAGCUAGAAAUCUAUCAGUAUGAGGAGGACAUCCUCACUAUACUAGAUUUCCUCCUGAAGGAUACACAGAAGGAGUUUGACAGUGACUUGGAGAACAUGCAACUUUUGGAUCUUAUGUCAAAGUGCUCAUCAAAAUGGAUAUCUGCACAAUAUUUUGAAAAACUCAAGACCUGUGUGCAGCAAGCGUUUCAAGACAUGCUCGCCGCAAUAGAAAAUGCUAGCUCAGAAUGUGAAAAGACAAAUAAGAUCACUGGGGUCACUGACUCAGGAGACCCUGGAGUACUGGCAGGACAUCCUGCACCUACAUCUGAACACUGCGCUCAGCCCUUGGACUUGCAAGACACAAUCGUCGAACAUGAUAAGGUCCUUGAAAUUAAAGAUCCAUGCUGUGAACACUGCUUCCAAGAACUUGGAAAGGCAAAGCUGGAAUGUCAAGAUCUGAAAAGAAAACUGGAGAAAUGCUGUAGGCAUCUUCAGCACUUAGAAAGGAAACACAAAACUGUAGUGGAAAAAAUUGGAGAAGAGAAUGGUAAAUUUGUUGAAGAAUUAAUAGAAGAAAACAAUGGCAUGAAGAAUAAAUUGGAGGAACUGCAAGAACUUUGUCAUGUACCACCAAGGUCGCUAUCAGAGGGGGCUAUUGAAAACAGUUGUCAGCAAUACAGUGGGAAAGCCUUGGAGGAACUUCGUGGGCAGUACAUCAAAGCUGUAAAAAAAAUCAAACGUGAUAUGCUGCGUUAUAUUCAGGAGAGUAGGGAAAGAGCCGCGGAAAUGGUGAAGGCAGAGGUGUUGAGAGAGCGGCAAGAAACCUCCAGAAAGAUGCGUAAAUAUUAUUUGAUUUGCCUGCAACAGAUUCUGCAUGAUAAUGGAAAACAGGAAGGGGCUGAGAAAAAGAUCAUGAAUGCUGCUAGCAAACUGGUUACAAUGGCAAAACUGCUGGAAACGCCCACUUCUAAAACUGCUGAAAAUGCGGUGAGCAAGAGAGCCGAAUCAGGUAUGCCUUUGACUUCAGAGACGCUGAUUAGAAUCGAAAAAUCAAAAAGAAAUGUCUUGAGUCAGAAUAUCCCCUGUCACGUGGAAAGCAAAUCAAAUGGUACAAAAACUGUGCUCAGGAAUACAUGCGACCAGGCCCCUAAGAGGAGAGCUGCCUGUAACCUGGAAAAGCGGAUGGAGGGCAUACAGCAUGGGGACACCAAGCAAGUGGGUUCCAAAGGGUCACACACAGACUUCUGGUGUGCCUAUAGACACCUAGAUGGUUUGCCAAAGGAUGUUCUUCCUACUCUCUCUUGCGAAAGUGAAAAAGGUUUUGGAUUGCACCAGAAGAAAGACUUCGGCGACACUGGUUCAGAGUCACUUCUUGGUUCAGCCACAUGCUCCCUUCUCGGAUCUAGUAGAAGCAAACCCUUACCUAGAUAUACCCCUGGUCUUCCUGAGUCAGCUUGCACAAGUACAGCUUUUCCAGGUCCUAACGAAAGACUUGGGUUAAAAGUAUGUAAGCGUCUUCCAUUAUCAGUAGGUGGAAAUGCGACCCCUGAGGAAAAUCAAAGUGUGGGUGUUCAGGAAGCUCCAGUAAAGGACAGAGGAGACCUACGCGACUUUGUGGGCGAACCGUCCAGGCAUGCCACUCCACCCUGCAGUGUUCAGGAAGUGUCUUAUCUCUUCGGCCGGUCUCAAGAAACUCUGGAUCCACACGUUGAGUCUGUUCAUUCCAAACAGUUUUCAGCAGCCAGCAGUGUGUCAGUUACAGAGAAGAAUAUGAAUUGUCAAUCAAUGACAUGGCAGAGUGGCCGGACUCCGGACCUGGGAGAAGAACGCAUGUAUUCCCAGCCAGAGGAGACCGGCAGACUUGGGCACUUACCUCAUGACACUGAUCUGUUAGCAUCAGAUGUUAAGAAGCCAAUCUUUGCAGUACCACCCCCAGUGCACCGGCUGCCUCUGAGAAAAGCUGUGGUUCCUCUGCUGAGCCAACAAGACAGUGGCUUUGAUAGUCCAUUUGUUAAUGAAGACUAA